CCAGAUGUUGCCAGCACGAGCUAUCUCGAUCAUGUCCUUUCUUUCCAUUGACUCAGAGAACCGCAUCGACGACUCGACCAUCUGUUUCUCCCCGAAUCAUCUGAGCAUCUGUUUUGGGCCACAUCCUGGUCCCUGCCUGGUCUCAAUCACAGCUGCUAUCUUCACCCAGCAUAUGCUUGGGUCCUCAUGCUGGUCUCUGCCUGGUCUGAACACAGCUGCUAUCUACACCCAGCAUAUGCUUAGGGCCCCAUGCUGGUCCCUGCCUGGUUCCCAAUCACAGCUGGGCUGUUCAUUCAGCGGCAUAGAGUCGGCCCUGAAUCGAAGCCCAGUUGGCGUUUCUACCACACGAUGACCUGCUCUUUGACUACGACACAUUCACCGAGAAAUUUUCCUCAUCGCAGUGAGGAAUGCUCGCGGAUUGUCAACGCUGUCUGUAUGCAGUUCGAAAUCAUAUAUACUCCUGACUCGAAAAGGCACGGACCAACUCGUCUCAGUACGCUGGAUAUCAGAAGUUGCUUCCGCCGGAAUCCCUCCAGUCGUUCGGAACGCUGCUCGCAUACAAUGCGAGCCAGGCUCUUCACAAUUGCAUUAUCCCAGGAGCGUUUGAGACGCUAUACGCAAGAUCCUCUGACACCGUCGCUAUCGCUUGGAAUCUGGAGCGAACACAACACCUCAAAGGCAGCGUCAGAAGGACUGGUUAUACCACACCCUGAAUGAAUUACAGCACGCAACAAAGGGGGAUUCUCUUGCCGCCCCCCAGGAUGCUACGAGACUCGCAAGCACGUUUGAGGAAUCAGAGAGGAGUGUCGUUGAUGAGUUUCCUUCUCCAUGAGCGAACCGAAUUACAGGAUCAGCC